GCGAUGGCCGACGUGGGCGCGGCCAGCCAGGCGACCGUCGCCGGAAGUGGCAUCUUGAUCCAGAUGCAAGUAGUACGGACGGAGCGGGACCAGGUCCGAUAUCAGCCGCUGCAGCCAUACCAGGAGCGGACGUCGAUCGCGAAGCGCUGCCGGGUGUGGCAACAGAUGCUCGUGUUCUUCGUACGGACGUAA